AUGUCUUCUUCUUUGCCAGGUGAUGUCCAUAUGACAUUAUCUAGAAUUAUCGAAGGCUUGAUAUCCAGUGAUAAUCAAGUGAGAUCUCAAGCAGAAAAGGCCUUAGAAAAUGAUUGGUUCACUAGCACUGGUGUCGAAAUGCUACUCUUGUUUCUCGCUGAACAGGCUGUCAGUGGUGAUAGUGAAACCAAAAGAGCCUUUGCUGCCGUCAUUUUUAGAAGAUAUGCCUUGAGAAUGCCGCCUGAAAGAUCCCCAAGUAUGACCGAAACCUCUAUCGGUACGAUCUCUGAACCUGUGAAGGCCGAAAUUCGUAACUUAUUAUUUAACGGAUUCUUUGGCGAGCAGACCAAGAGCGUUAGACAUAAAUUGGCUGAUGCUAUUGCCGAAGUGGCAAGAACCAGUAUAUCUCCUCCAGGUACCUGGGAUAAUUUGGUCCCUACCAUGUUUGAAGCAACAGGUUCACCAGAGCCAGGUUUCAGAGAAUCUGCUUUUAGAGUUUUUGCUGCUCAACCAGCCUUGGUGGUUCAACAUCUUGAGCAGGCUUUGCCAACAUUUCUUUCAGGAUUUGUUGAUCCAGAUGAUUCAGUCAGAGUUGCUGUCAGUAACGCUUUUGUUGCUUGCUUCCAGUCAGCUCCAAAGAAACAAUGGUCCUCUUUCAGUCCUAUGUUACCAGGUUUAUUAAAUGCCUUACCAAAAUACUUAGAAGAUGGCAACGAAGAUGCUUUAACCUCAGAAUUGGAAUCCCUUAUCGAUUUGGUCACUUUGGCCCCAAAAAUGUUCAAACCUAUGCUACCUACAAUUAUUGAGUUCUGCUCCACAAUUACUAAAAAUACCGAUCUUGAGUCACCGACAAGAUUAGCAGCUUUGGAAUUAUUAACCACUUUCUGUGAAGCUUCACCAAAUAUGUGUAAGCAAGAGGCUAGCUACGCGGAAAAUAUGGUCGUGUUGACAUUGCAAUUGAUGACUGAAGUCUGCAUCGACGAUGAUGAUGCCAUUGAAUGGCAAAACAGUAACGGUGGAAAAGAAUCUUUAUACGAAGAAGACAAGGCUGCCAGAAACUCCUUGGAUAGAGCUGCUUUGAGUUUAGGAGGUAAAGUCUUGGCUGAACCUUUAUUCAAAUAUUUAACUCAAAUGAUACAUUCCAGCGAAUGGAGAGAAAGACAAGCUGCGCUCAUGGCUUUAUCUUCGGCUGCUGAAGGUUGUAGUGAUGUUUUGAUUCUGGAAAUUCCAAAGAUUUUGGAUUUAAUAUUGCCACUUUUAAAUGAUCCACACCCAAGAGUUCAAUAUGCUUGCUGUAAUGCUUUAGGUCAAAUAUCAACUGAUUUUGCUGACUUGAUUCAAAAGAACUCAGGUGAUAGAAUUCUUCCAGCUUUGAUCUCAAAGUUGACUAACGAAUCUGUUCCAAGAGUUCAAACACAUGCCGCUGCAGCUUUGGUUAACUUUUCUGAAAAUGCGUCAAAGGACAUUUUGGAACCAUACUUAGAUGACUUGCUCACAAACUUAUUAACUUUGUUACAAGGACCACACAGAUAUGUUCAAGAGCAGGUGUUGACCACCAUUGCCAUUGUUGCUGAUGCUGCUGAAACAAAAUUCAUCAAGUACUAUGAUACCCUCAUGCCAUUGCUAUUUAAUGUUCUCCAAUCUGAUUUGGACAAAGAAAAUAGAUUAUUAAAAGCCAAGAGUAUUGAAUGUGCCACUUUGAUUGCUGCUGCUGUUGGUAAAGAUAAAUUCUCUCAACACGCGGAACAAUUGAUUCAAAUUUUUGGGCAUAUUCAGAAGGAGGCUGUUGAUGAAGAUGAUCCAGUCAAACCAUAUUUGGAACAAGGUUGGAACACUAUUUGUAGCAUUAUUGGAACAGACUUCUUACCAUAUUUACCUAGUGUUCUCCCGACCCUAAUUGAGCAAGCCAAAGCUGAACAAAUCAUCAAAUUAGUGGAUGAAGGUGACGAAGUUGAUCAGGAUGAACAGUGGGAUGUUUACUCUUUAGCAGGUAAACUUGUUGCUUUACAUACUGCUGUCUUGGAUGACAAAAUUGAUGCUAUUGAGAUUUUGAAAUCAUAUGCCGAUAUUCUUAAGGGCUCUUUCUACCCAUACGUUCCUCUCAUUGUCAAGGAAAUCUUGUUGCCUGCGUUAGACUUCUAUUUCCAUGAUGGUGUGAGAAAUUCUGCAGUUGAAGCUUUGCCAACUUUCUUGUCAUGUGCAAAGAUUGCUCAACCUCCAAGAUCUCCAGAGCUUAUGAGUUUGUGGAGUGCCAUCGCUAGUAAGUUGAUUGAAAGCUUAGCAGGUGAACCAUUGACCGAUAUUUUGGUUAGCUAUUACACAUCUUUCUCUAACUGUGUAUUACUUAUGGGUGAAGAUACAUUGAAUGAAAAUCAAUUAGCUGCAUUCGUUACCUCCGUCAAUGCGAACUUGCAAGGUGUUUACAAUAGAAUUAAAGAACGUGAUGAGGCUGAUAACUCUGAAGAACAAUAUGAUGAAGGCUUGGAGGAAGAAAACAAUGAAUUUACUGAUGAAGAACUAUUGGAUGAAAUCAAUAAGGCAAUUUCAGGAGUUUUCAAAUUCUCUAAUUACAAAUUCUUACCAGCUUUCCAAGAGUUGACUCCUACUUUGACUACUUUCUUGGUGGAGGAUAAUAAGGCCUUGAAGUUAUGUGGUUUAUGUAUGGUAUCUGAAUUGAUUGAGCAAACAGGUCCACAAUCAGGCCCUUACAAGGAUUUGUUCCUGAAUGCUGUUCUUGAAUCUUUGACUAGUAGUUAUUCGUCUGUUAGAGAGAUUGCUGCAUUCAUCAUUGGUGUCGCUGCUUUGAAUGGUGGUGAAAACUAUGCUGACUUUGUUUUGGGUGCUUUGGAACCUUUGUUCAAUAUCAUUACUGUUCCAGAUGCCAAACAAGAUGAUAACAUUAUUGCCACUGAGAAUGCUAUUGCUGCUAUUUCUAAGGUUUUGCAUAUUUAUAAUUCUAGAAUUGAUAAUCUUGACGCCAUGAUUGAAAACUGGAUUCAAGCCUUGCCUAUUGUGGUUGACAACCAGAGUGCGCCAUUUGCAUACAGUUUCUUGGCUAGUCUCAUUGAAAACAAUCAUCCAGCGAUCCAAAAGAAUAUGUCUAAGGUUGUUGAUUCUGUUAUUCAAGCUUUGUUAAAUGGCGCAUUGAGUGGUAAGGCUGCUGAGAAGAUUGUUUCUGCUACUAAGCAGCUACUUGGCAGUAUUCCUCAAGAAAAUGUGAUGCCUAUUUUACAAAGAUACGGCCCUGAAGAACAAAAUCUCAUUCAAAAAUGGUUCAGUUGA